CCUCCCUCCAGUGCCCCCACAGGGCCAUCUCCAACAGAGGCUGCCCACAGCAGCGGGGCCAGGAUGGAGCCCAGGACGCCUCAGCGGGCAGCAGCGUCCCCGGGGGUGAGUCCCAGGGCCGGCGGGACCCGGACCUCAGGCAGGCCCGAGGCCGGUGUGUGCUCCCUGGCGCUUCCCUCAGAUCUGCAGCUGGACCGCCGGGGUGCGGAGGGGCCAGAGGCUGAGCGGCUGCGGGCAGCCCGCGUCCAGGAACAGGUCCGAGCCCGCCUCCUGCAGAUGGGCCAGCAGCCAAGGCACAAUGGGGCAGUCGAGCCUGAGGGGGCCACCGAGGCAGCCAGAGGCACUUCCAGGGGUCAGUACCACACACUGCAGGCUGGCUUCAGCUCCCGCUCCCAGGGCCUCAGUGGGGACAAACCCUCGACCUUCCGGCCCAUCGCCACGCCAGCCUAUAGCCCGGCCUCCUGGUCCUCCCGCUCCGCCGUGGACCUGAGCUGCAGUCGGAGGCUGAGCUCUGCCCACAAUGGGGGCAGUACUUUUGGGGUGGGGUACCCCCAGUCCACCCCACCCAUGCCCGCCCGUCCCGUGUCCUUCCAUGAGCGGGGUGGAGUGGGCAGCCGAGCUGACUAUGACACGCUGUCCCUGCGCUCACUGAGGCUGGGGUCUGGGGGCCUGGAUGACCGCUAUAGUGUGAUUUCUGAGCAGCUGGAGCCUGCGGCCACCUCCUCCUACAGGGCCUUUGCUUACGAGCGCCAGGCCAGCUCCAGCUCAAGCCGGGCAGGAGGGCUGGACUGGCCAGAGGCCAGUGAGGGGCCCCCCAGUCGAACCAUCCGUGCCCCAGCCAUGCGGACUCUGCAGAGAUUCCAGAGCAGCCACCGAAGUCGCGGGGGCACUGGGGCAGUGCCGGGGGCUGGCCUGGAGCCUGUGGCCCGAGCGCCAUCAGUGCGCAGCCUCAGCCUCAGCCUGGCGGACUCGGGCCACCUGCCUGACAUGCGUGGGCUGGACAGCUAUGUUGGCCAUCGCACCCUGCAAAGGCUCAGCAGCGGCUUUGACGACAUUGACCUGCCCUCAGCGGUCAAGUACCUCAUGGCCUCAGACCCCAACCUGCAGGUGCUGGGAGCAGCCUACAUCCAGCACAGGUGCUACAGUGAUGCUGCAGCUAAGAAGCAGGCCCGUAGCCUCCAGGCUGUGCCUAGGCUGGUGAAGCUCUUCAACCACGCCAACCAAGAGGUGCAGCGCCACGCCACAGGUGCCAUGCGCAACCUCAUCUAUGACAAUGCCGACAACAAGCUGGCCCUGGUGGAGGAGAAUGGCAUCUUCGAGCUGCUGCGCACACUGAGAGAGCAGGAUGAUGAGCUCCGCAAGAAUGUCACAGGCAUCCUGUGGAACCUGUCGUCCAGCGACCACCUGAAGGACCGCCUGGCCCGGGACACGCUGGAACAACUCACAGACCUGGUGCUGAGCCCCUUGUCAGGGGCAGGGGGGCCCCCCCUCAUCCAGCAGAAUGCCUCUGAGGCCGAGAUCUUCUACAAUGCCACGGGCUUCCUUAGGAACCUCAGCUCCGCCUCCCAGGCCACUCGCCAGAAGAUGCGGGAGUGCCACGGGCUAGUGGACGCGCUGGUCACCUACAUCAACCAUGCCCUGGACGUAGGAAAGUGCGAGGACAAGAGUGUGGAGAAUGCCGUGUGCGUGUUGAGGAACUUGUCCUACCGCCUGUACGAUGAGAUGCCUCCCUCAGCCCUGCAGCGGCUGGAGGGCCGGGGCCGCAGAGACCUGACUGGGGCACCACCGGGAGAGGUGGUGGGCUGCUUCACACCACAGAGCCGGCGGCUGCGUGAGCUGCCUCUGGCGGCCGACGCACUCACAUUCGCAGAGGUGUCCAAGGACCCCAAGGGCCUCGAGUGGCUGUGGAGCCCCCAGAUUGUGGGCCUCUACAACCGGCUGCUGCAGCGCUGUGAGCUGAACCGGCACACGACUGAGGCAGCCGCAGGGGCUCUGCAGAACAUCACCGCCGGUGACCGCAGGUGGGCAGGUGUGCUGAGCCGCCUGGCCCUGGAGCAGGAGCGCAUCCUGAACCCACUGCUAGACCGAGUGCGGACUGCAGACCCUCACCAGUUGCGCUCACUGACCGGCCUCAUUCGAAACCUGUCUCGGAAUGCCAGGAACAAGGACGAGAUGUCCACCAAGGUGGUAAGCCAUCUGAUUGAGAAGCUCCCUGGCAGUGUGGGCGAGAAGUGCCCCCCGGCUGAGGUGCUGGUCAACAUCAUAGCUGUGCUCAAUAAUCUGGUGGUGGCCAGUCCCAUAGCUGCCCGAGACCUACUCUACUUUGACGGGCUCCGAAAGCUGGUCUUCAUCAAGAAGAAGCGAGACAGCCCUGACAGUGAGAAGUCCUCCAGAGCAGCCUCCAGCCUCUUGGCCAACUUAUGGCAGUACAGCAAGCUCCACCGUGACUUCCGGGCGAAGGGCUAUCGGAAGGAGGACUUCCUGGGUCCAUAGACGAGGACCUCCCGGAGAAGGUGUGAGCCCAGCUUCCGAGGAACAGGCUCAGCUACAGCUGCUUGCCAUUGGCUUGGAGGAGGAGGCUGCUGGCAUCUCUCCACAGAACCCCACAUGCACCUUCAAGGGGCCUGGGCCACCCCGAGGGACAGGGCUUGCAGCUGGGGAUUUGGCUUCUGCGGGCAGGGGAUCGGGCAGGGGUUGAGGUUGGUCUGGUAUAUGGGUGGUGACCUGGUCAUAAAUGGGGCUGGCCAUGGCCUGGCAGUGCCUCAGGAUGGCAGCACUGGGAAUAAAGGUGGCCAUGAACACAGCCA